CCACUAUAUCCGUGGAAUCUUCCCUGACGGUUUCAGUGGCAAUAUACUUCUCACAAGUUUCCAAAACCACUCUCUAAUUGUAUCCCAUAGACGUUUGAGCCAUUCAUCGGGAAGAAGCAUUUGAAGGAAUAUAGACGGGAUCAGCCUCGACUAAGGCAUCUCUAUCGGUCGAAGGUAUUGGUCAGAUUUGUGAUCUUCGAUAGCGAGGACGGUACAUGAGGAUUGUAUAUGCCUGCUCCUCCGUUCGCUUUCGAGAUGACGUCGGAGUCAACAUAUCCCAAUUAUACUCUUCCUCUUGCCAACUCUUCUCUACCUGACGCUCCACCCUCCCCAAUGUUUGACCUUGUCUUUGCACCCUUACCUGUCCAAUUAACCUCGCUGCCGCAGACAGGCUGUAGUUUAGCCAAUGUGUCCUCAACUGGGACUGUCGAACUGAAUAAUACCUGGCUAAGGGGAUCGGGCGAUUGGAGAUCACAGUGGUUCGUUGACGGUCUCUCACCGGACACCAACUACACUGCGUGCGUGAUACAGGACGAGGUCAAGGUCAGUGGACCUAUCUAUUUUGUCACAAAGUCUUCUAGUUUCCCGUGUCCUCUCGUAUACUCUCUGCCCUACUGUCCUUCCACAGCGUAUGCUGUCCCCUUACCUCCGCCACAAAGUCCCGCGGUCGCAUAUGAUACUACUAGCCUCUCCACUAAUAUCAGCGACCCCCUUCUCCAAUACAUGACCAACUUCACCACAAUGCUCCUGACCUUCGGCUGUGGGCGUGACCUCUAUUCUCCCCUGCAAACAUGCUCAGACUGCCGGCGCGAGUACCGAUUCCUUGCUAUGCGAUAUAUCCUUCUCACGAUGUUUCCGAACCAUCCCCUUACGUCAUCUGACUCCUCUGGAAGCAACGCACAAGCGCCGCUCUCAGCAUUAGCAGCCCCAGCCCAGUGAGGCCACGCCAAGAAAGCCCCUCCUUCGCUGUCGUCAACUAUACUUACACAUCUCUUCUACCCUGUCUGGAAGUUUGCCAUGCUGUCGAUCGGGCUUGCCCUUAUUUCCUAGGGAAUCAGCUGUCUAGUCCCGCAGUUUAACGCAGAUGCCAGCUACGGUGUUGGGUCCAUUGACAGCGAUGAGCCUGGAGUGGUAGGCCACGGGACUACUGACAUGGCGCAAGAUAGAUGGGGUAAUGUAUGGUGUAACGGCAGUUAGAAGUGGUCUCUCAUUGUACAGUUUGACGCACACCGGGCGUCAUUUCCACGAACGUCACGAACCCAGCAGUUUUCCCCCAAUGCCAAUACUUUUCUAAGAUGCUGCCGGGUACGAUUUCCUCGCGGU